AAUAGAUAAGAGAAAUCAUAUUUGUGGGGAAAAUGAGGAGAAAGAUGAUAUUAAUGAGUUUGAAGCAAGAAAUGAAUCCAAAACCAAUCAGUACAAAGAUUCAUUUCGUCUUCCUUAGAUUAAGACACAGUUUUCCAUCUUUCCAAAGUUCGUGAAAAUGGUAACUUCCGCCUUCAAGUCCACCUCCAGAAGGGCUACAGCGGCAGAACACAAUGCCCCUCCGCCAGCCGCCACCUCACGGAGGCGAUCCCACAGCGUCAGCGCGGUUUCUCGGAGAACCCACUUGCCAUUUGAUGACAACACUCUGAUUUCCACCGAAUUUUCCAACAGCAGAGAUAACCCUCUUUUCUGGGCUACAUCUUCUUCAUCACCCGACAAAGAAGAAAGUGGAAAGAUCAGUGAAAUAGCUACUAGUAAUAAUAAACAAUCUUCUUCUUUGAGUACAAGAAAUGCAAGAAACGGUAAUAAUAGUAACAAUUCUGGUAGGGAACAGAGGGGGCGUUCCGCUACACGGAGUUCCAGUGACAAGAAUGGAAUUGGCCGCAGUUUGUCAAGGGUUCGAGGCCGGUCUGUGUCUAGAGCCCCCUGUAAAGGAGCUUACGAGGACGGAAAAGAGCAGGUGGUGGUUACAUCUACAGUUGCUCGGAGCAGAAAUGAGAUAAAAAAGAUUGAUAACGGAAUAAAUAGAACUAAUUCAGUCAGAAAUACGUCAGAUCUACGGGGCUGCAGAAACAAUGCAGGAACAACAGUGACUCAGAUUCAAGCAACUGAGUGGUCUGAAGAUGAUUCUGCUUAUAGUUUUCAAAUAUCAAACUUGGAGGAUGGAAUUUCAAUUGGUUCCUUAUCAGAAGCUGAAGAGAAAACUAUUAAAGCUGUAUGUGAAGAUUUGAAAUUAAUGGGGGAGAAACGGGGAGGUGAUAUGCCACCUGGUGAAAUAUAUGCAACUGUUCGAUCUGAAGUGAGACGUGCUAUAUCUGAUAUCCAAAAUGACCUUGAGAGUGCUUGUCAAAGAAAUAAGGCCAACAUUGUUGGAGCUACAAGUGUUGCUGUUAUGCCCUCGGAUUUAGUAAACCCUGAGCCUGUUGAAUUGAUCUCAGACAUCAGAAGGGAAUAUGCCAUAAAACUUGAAGAGUCUGAAGAACGUGCUAGAAAACUUCGAGCAGAUCUUGCUAUUGAAGAGCAUCGUGGCCAGGAGCUGGAUAGAAUACUCAAGGAGAUACUUCCGGAUCCAAAGACUAGUGGUGUUCAGAGAUCUCGUCGGGGAAGAAGGACAAGCAAUGAAAGGAAGCGGAUGUCGAAGCGUCUCACUGACGAAGCCAUGGCAUAUUUUGAUGAAUGUGUGUCCUUGUCAACUUUUGAUAGUUCGGACUUCUCUGCAUCAGAUGACCCACCUUACAGUUCAGUUGGAGGGGCUGAAUCUGCAGGUGCUUCAUCUCUAGUAAGAGCCAGUCUAAGCACCUCAUGCUGUUAUGACCAAGGAAGUGACCUUCACCAGAAACAGUUCUAUAGGUGUGAGGACUCUGGACCAACAGCUAACUGCAGCAGCGCUGAGCCAGGAAGCACUCAACUUUACCAGUUCUCAUUUGCCGAUAAAAAGUCAGAAACUGUUGGACCCAAAGAAGAUAUCCGGAAUUACAUCAGGAAUUUCGAGAGAGGGGCCAAGAAAGACCUUGACUUUGAGGAGACGCGAUCAUACUACGAUGCUGGGGAAUAUAGUGCUCAUGGACGUAGGGAGAGCGUGUUAAUCGACAGGGUGUUGUAUAGCAGCAGAAUCGAGUCGGGGGGGUUGAUUUUAUGCGGUGGUGCCGUCCCAUUUCUGCCUUUUGCUUCAGUAAUGUGAUAUGAAGGAGCGCAUGUGUUUUGGUAAGUGUUUUCUAUCAGUCUUCUCUGUAGUUGUAAUAAGCCAUGCGGCGGGAACUGCUUAUAAGGAUUAUGUCACUCCAGCAGCCGGACCGACCUACAUUCUUGUGACGUGGCCGCAUUAUCCACACGGUUCGAUAUUCUCAAACUCAGUGCAUAUAAGAAUCUUGUCUAUUUUUGUAUAUGUUGCAUGGUGUUUGGGCAUCUCCCUGGGGAUGGGCCCGACUGACAUCUCUGCAAGUGAGUAUGUGAGAGAUAGGUGCAAGAAACUGUGGAUCACUGAAAGAUCAUCUUAGCAUGCAAGAGAUAAGCUACUAAGUGAUGCUUUUUAAAGAUCAAAACACAGUAAUGCAA